AUGUCAUCCUUCGCCCCGGGCCCGAAACGUGGGACCGGUGCGCCGUUGGCCAGGGGCAGAAUAUUCCGCGGCAGUCGCCCUUCGUCCAGAAAAGGCAACUCCCAACAAAAUUCAAUUGUAUGGCAACACAAAACAUCUCUUAACCGUUCGCUUUCUGAAAAUAAUUUCCAACCAACCACUGGUGCAGGACCCAGGAAGGCGCAGUCAUCGUCCAUCCUUGGACAUGCUCCGACUACUAAUACAUCCGUUAUUGACCGAGCAAGGGAUCCACGACGCAAAAAUGAGGUUGCUGCGAGUUCACAAUGGCAAGCAAAUAACAAGACUCAGGACUAUAUAAGUCGUUUCGAACAGUUAAAACGCGAACGUACCAAACAACGUGCUAAAGCUAUUGACGAAGGCCUCAUGGCGGAUCCAAAUCAGCCAACAUCUCUCAACCGGGCCAUUACCCCUACUGGUACCUGUACAGACAUGUGUCCCCAAUACGAACGGGUAGAGCGGAUUGUUCAGAAAAUGGUCGAUAAAAGCGAGAAGUCGAUGAAUCCCGAUACCGGAGAAUUGGAAGUUAUGGAAACCAAAAUGAUUAAAAGGUUUAGAAGAUCUGCGGCCGGCUAUGACGAACAGUUGCCCUCCGAUAUUAGAACGCCAAACACUUUGUUGCAAACGUUGAAUUAUAUGCUUCGAUACGUGAUUACGGACGACGAUGGCCUUGGAAGUAUUCAUAAAUUUGUCUGGGAUCGAACUCGGUCGAUCCGUAACGAUCUGUCGAUUCAGCAACUCACGCAGCAACAAGACGUCGAAAUUGCAGUCAAAUGCCUCGAACGAAUAGCUCGCUUCCAUAUCUUAGCUCUUCAUUUGCUAUCGAACCCGGCAAAUACGGAACAGUUUGAUCACCAUCAAGAACGUGAACAGCUCAACAAUACACUGUUGUCCUUGUUGUACUACUAUGAUGACAACCGGGGCCGUGUAAAUUUCCCAAACGAGGAUGAAUUCCGUGCUUACUACAUUCUAUUUUCCAUCCAUGAUCAACGUCCCGAUUUAGAAGCACGUGUCCAAAAGUGGCCUCGUGAACUACGUCGGUCUCCUCGCAUACAAGUAGCAUUGGAGCUCUUCGCUGCUGCGGGGAAUACAUGGGAAUAUCAAGGUACACUUGAUGCGAGGAGACCAAAUGCGAUUGCUCAGGGAUUCUAUUCAAGAUUCUUUAGCCUUGUGCGCUCGAAAAGCGUUUCCUACCUUAUGGCAUGCAUUGCCGAAAUUUAUUUCAACCAAGUCCGACAGACUGCAAUCCGUUCAAUAUGGAAAGGUUAUUGCCGCCAACCGCUCUCGCAACAACACAAAAAUCAGGAAUGGACAGUUGACAAGCUCACGGAGGUGCUAUGGUUCGAUAACGAAGACCAAACAAUCAAAUUUUGCGAGGAUCAGAGCCUGGAACUAUCAUCCGGUGCGGAAGGACAACUCUAUCUAGAUUGGGGCAAUCGUUCCAUAGACUAUAUCGCUUUUCAACCGUCCUCUGAGCAAAUAUUUUCGGAGUACUUGGUUGAGACAAAACGCUAUGGAAGAACUCUACCAGCAAUUAUUCUUGGAAUGACUGUUUCGCAAGCCCUCAGGCAUGGAAUGAUAGAUAAAUCGCUUCUUCGCCCAGAAUCAGGAUUCGCAGCGCUCUCCAAUAAGGCUACCAACGAGCAGGAGAGUCUUUUUGUAAGUGAUGAUGAAAAUGAAGCAGGAAUACAAAACGGACAAGCCCCAAUGGCUGGGGCCGGUAUCGAAAAAGAAAUGCCGUCAACAUCUGCAUCCAUAUUUUCUCGCCCUCUCGAAAACGUUCAAAUCACAACGAACCCUUUCCUCAAGCAUCUAGGAGGCCCGCUCCCUCCGUCUUCGCCACCUUCACAGCCAUUCUCAGCUAGCGCUCCCGAAUUUGUCCCUCAGGGAUUCUCAAACCUCACGAAUUCCCAACCGCUACCAUCUGCACCGUCAUUUGCCGCUUCAAUAGGACCCCCAUCCUUUGGGGCCUUCGGCUCUAAUUUUGGCAUUCCUUCGAGCGCUGCUGGCAUGAAGAGUGGGCCCCGUAUUUCUCAGCCUACAUCAACUUCCAUCCAAACAUUUGGAGCCCCCUCUGCCCCUGAAACGAUCAGUUUUGGGAAACCUAGCGCUUCGCAAGCCCUUGGCGCGGGAGUGAACUGGAAGAAUCCCUUUUCCGCGCCGUUUCCAGGCAGUUUGGCAUCGGGAAUAGCCACACAAACCGAAGCCAUAAAGGAUGCAAGUAUUAUACAAGAUGCACAACGGCCAUCCGUUACCCUUUCCCAGGAUGCAUCGAAUCAUCCUUUUAUGGUCGAUACAACUGGUACAUCGAACUUUGGAAAUGCCAGCCGGCCAUCAAAACCGCCUUUUCCUUCUUUCUCGGCAGCGACAUUUGGGUAUCAGUCAAAUCAAUCGGGUAAAUAUCAAGCUGGAUACCAUCACAAAAUGAUUCUCAAUAUGAGUCAGGCUAACAUUAUCAAAGGUAAAUCAACCGUAUUCGAAAAUAACCCACGACCGUUCUCCAAAGGUCACUUUCAAAAUGACGCGGCAACACAGGCGAACCCGACCUUCGCUUCACCGCAAUUCUCAAAGGCCCCAGAAUUAAAGAAAACACCCGAAGUCCCAUCCUCCGCAGUUUUUUCGACUCUUCCAACCAAAUCAUCUGCUGCGGGAACUCUAUUCACUGGUUUUCAAGCCUCGAAAUCCGUGGAAAGCGAAGCACCGGAACCUACAUUACCCGGAACCUCAUCAUUUAGUGCACCAACAGGUCAAGAGAAGAACCCAGCGGUUCUGGACCAGACCACGCAACUACCUACGUUGCAAAGCCUGAAUCAACCUAUUGACGAUCAAAACCAUGCAGAAGAUAUAAAACAACAAGCUCUCAAGGAGCAACAAGCUCGGGAGGAAAGUGAGAACAGGGCACAAGAGGAGGCAGCUAAAAAGGAGGCGGCCAAGCGAGAAUUCAAAAGGCUACAGGCUGCACAAAAAGAAAAAGAGAAAAAAGAAGCUGCAGAACGGGAGACAGCGCAACGACUGAAAGCGAUGAAAGAGCAGGAAGAAGAAUUGAGAGCGGCACGAAGGGAGAUAGAGAGAAUGAAAGCCAAUGAGCAAAAAACCGCCGAAAAAGAAGCGGCUAGAAAGUCAGCCAUCGAGAAAGAAAUAGCGAAGCGCAAGGCGCUUAGCGAGGCCAACGAGGAGGAAUCUAGAGGAAAAUCGAAGAUAGCAAGAUUGAAUCCGCGCCAAACGCUGACCGUCGAUGAACUAUUAGCGCUCGAACUGUCGAAACAAAAGGCGGCACCCCCAAAACCGUGCCCACAACAGAAAUCCCUCAUUGACGAAGAUGAAUUACUCUUUAGUGCGGCGCGUAUGGCUGGUAGGGAGCUUUCUCGGAUUGGGCUCUUUGACAGUGUCCCUCAGUUUCGAGAAUCGGUAUCUCGGCCAUCAACACCGUCGUCAUUUUCGUCAUCUGUUCUCGAACGCGUGAACAAUUUCAGUCGUAGUACCGGUUCCGACAGGCUACAUGCCACCGUGAACGGCUACAAGGUUGCUUUGGCUCCGGAAACUCCGCUUGGACUAGGGAGAACGCUUUCCAGGACAGAACAGAGAAUUCGGCAAACCGGUGCAAAAGGCCUUGCGUAUAAGCCGAUUGCGAAUAUUUUGAACACCCCAGACGAGAAAGGAAAAUCGAUCUCUUCGAAACGGAAGACCAGGUCCUAG